GGGUCUUGCCAUUUCACUGCCCCGUCUGCGUUCUCUGCGCUCUACCCUACUGCAAGAGAAUGGGAAGGGCACCCACAGGCCCGCUUUUGGCCAUUUGUCGAUGCCGUCCAUCAGCGUCCUAUACCCGGGUCCGACCUUCCCUCGUCGCUUUUGCACGUCUUUCGUCUUCAAGCUCCGCGACGGCUGCGCCGACGACGAGCCUGGCCACACGGGUGUCCAACACGCUCUCGCUGCCCUGCUUCACGAUUCCCACGUCGAACGUGGGCCUGCUCGAUGAGCCAGCUGAGUUCUACGCUGCACUCCUCGCAGGCCUUGGGCGCGCAAAGCAGCGAAUCUUCGUGUCAAGCCUCUACAUUGGCAAGUCCGAGGUCGAACUGAUCCGAAGCAUUGCUGAGGCGCUCGAGAGGAAUCCAGCGCUCAGAGCGACGAUCCUCGUCGAUGCGCUUCGUUCAACCAGAGAAGGGCCGUAUGACGAUGGCGGCCAGGACCCAGCGACGGAGUCGUGCGCCUCGCUCUUGGCUGGCCUCCAGCGAAGAUACCCGGAUCGUGCCGAUGUCCGACUCUUUAGAGCGGCGGGCCUACCAAAGUGGCUGGAAUGGCUCGUCGGAAAGCGCUUCGUCGAGGGGUGGGGGUUGCAGCACAUGAAGGUGUACGGCUUUGACGACGAGGUCGUCAUCACGGGGGCAAAUCUGUCCAACGACUACUUUACCAACAGAAGGGAUCGAUAUUUGAAUGUGAAGGGAGACAAGCCGUUGGCCGACUACCUCUGCGCACUGGUGGAUACUGUCGCCGCAUUCUCAUAUCGGCUCGUCCAUCGGCCGUCUCAGGAUCAGGGAGUGAAAGAAGAGGGAGGGAACGGAGACCAUGCCGCUUAUCAGCUGGAGUGGGAUGGCGCGGGGAGAGGGUACAGUGAGACCGGGUGGAAGCGAGCGUUGAAGGAGAAAAUCGAGGCGUUGACGGGCGAGUGGCGCGAGGCGACGUUGGGAAAGCUUCAGAAAGCAGAAGGGCAACAGGAGGAUGGAACAGAGGCAGUCGAGGUUGUGCCACUGCUGCAGAUGGGCCCGAUGGGGAUACAGCACGAGACAAAGGGCGUAUCGAUGGUGUUAGACCAAGCCGAUGAGCUGUCGUCUGACGACGCCCAGGUCACAUCGAAGCUGGACUUGACAACGGGCUACUUUAGUCUCAACCCGCUGUAUGCCGGCCGCAUUCUCUCGAGCAAGGCGACGAGCGACAUCAUCACGGCUUCACCCCAAGCGAACGGCUUCUUUGGAUCUAAGGGCGUCAGCAGGCACCUGCCUGCAGCAUACACCUGGCUCGAGGGCCGUUUUUGGAAGACGGCUCAGGCGCGAGGAAGGGGAAGCCAGGUCUCAAUACGAGAAUGGGCAAAGAAAGGAUGGACAUACCACUGCAAAGGCAUCUGGCUUACGGAGCCCUCGGGAAAUGGUCAGCCGAGCCUGACUCUGUUGGGUUCGUCCAACUUUGGCAUCCGAUCGGCGCAACUCGACCUCGAAUGCACGCUCCUCGUCGAUGCGACAAAGAGCCCUCACAUGCGCGAGCGUCUGGCCAGGGAAUUGAGCCUGAUCAGAAAGGACGCAAACGAUGAGGUCGGCAGAGAGCUGCUGGAAAGACCCGAUAGAAAGGUGCAUUGGGGUGUAAAGCUGGCGGCAUCGCUCAUCAAAAGGAUGCUCUGAAAUACAUCAUCAACAUCAGCAUUCUUCUGACCGCCGAGCAUUAGGCGCCUGCUUGUCGAGCAAGAUCUGAUCGUUGUGCCUGAGUGUGGUAGUUCUGACGAAGCCAAGGACCUAGCUGCCACACCAUAGCUCGAGACGAACCUACGACAUGCAGCGGAAUCUGAAGCCACCCCAGAUUAGCUAUGCCUUGAGCAAGCCAUAGUAAUGAAG